AUGCUCGGCAGUGUCCAAGGGCCGGGGCCAGUAUGUCCGCCCAAACAUGACAUCUGGGCCCUGAUGGCGACGGCGAGGAAGUUCCAGCCCUGCUUAGGCAAGCUCGCCCGCUGCUCCGCUCAGGGCGGCAGGAAGGUCCAGAGCUGCCCGGACCCUCGUACGCAGAGGAUCCUGGAUGAGGAGGCCUUGAGCCCCAGCAGCGCUUCGAAGCCUGUCGCGAUCCCAGCUUCGAAAUCACCCCUCGGCCGCCCUGUUCGAGCCGAUGAGUCAACGGACACGUCGUACACUAGUUCUGACCAGACGACGGCGAUGAAAACGUCGUGUAGCAGCAGCUCUUCUCCGGGUCUGCUGUGGCGUGAAGAGCAGAAAAGGCUCCUCCUGGACCGACUCAUGGAGUUCUUCUUCGCGGAGCUCGUGAGGGGCGGCCAAACAAAUACCGGGAGCGGAACAGGGUGCUCUACACGGCCAGGGACUAAAUCCACGGCCGGUGGUCCAAGCCGCAAGGGAGCAAACGCGCAGAAAGGGCCACCGAGUAAGGGCAAGCGGCCCGCCAGCACCGACGAGAAUGAAGGGUCCGAUAAUGAAGACAAUGAGGCACCAAAGCCCAAGAAAGCCAAAAGCGAGGAGGCCGAGGUGAAGAGGCUCGCCUGCCCGUUCUUCAAGAGGAAUCCCCACAGGUACAAGGACCAAAGCAAGUGCGUCGGCCCCGGUUGGGUGACGGUACACCGCCUGAAGGAGCACCUCUACCGACGCCACAUGUUACCCAUCCACUGCUACAGGUGCCGCGAGGUCUUCCCGAGCGACAAGCUCCUCCAGCUGCACUCGAGGUCGGAUGCUCGGUGCGCGGUGCGCGACGACGCGGCGCUGGAGCUGGAGGGAAUCGACGCGUCGCAGGAGAGGCAGCUGCGGAGCAGGAGGCGUACGGAUAAAACAGAGGAGGACAAAUGGCGAGAUGUGUUCCGGAUCUGUUUCCCGGCCGACGCGCCCGACAGCGUGCCCACGCCGUGGUUCGAGCUGCCGCCAGCGUGGGGCGCGGCCAGCCCGUCCGGGCCGGAGUCGGACAUCGCGCGGUAUGAGGAGUUCCUCCGCAGGGAGCUACCACGGCGCGUCAGGGGCGAGCUUGAGGUGCGCAUCGAGCAGGAACUUAGUCCUGUGGAGGAGAGCCUUAAGCGCCAGCUUGUGGAUAUCGUGAGGGACAUGCAGCAGAGGCUGUUUGCGGACUUCAGGAAGUUACAAGGGGAUGGGUCUCCCCAGAAGGACGAAGCGGCGGGGGACGGGGAGGUGGGACUGGAGGAUGGUGGCGAUGUGAAGGGGAAGGGGAGGGCUACGGCGCCUGAGUCGCCCGAGGACCUGUUCAUCGAGCCCUCAACCUCGGGGGCAUCCUUUGACGAUCCCGUCAACGAAACACCGCCCGUCACCACCGGCUGGGCCACCAGUCAGCCGAUCGACGUGUACCGGCCGCCACAGCCGUUCUUUGACGAUGAGACGAGGUUUGACGGUGUGAUGUUUGACCUCGGCCAGAGCUGUGGGGAUUGGAGCUGGGCCGAUUCGGGAUACAUGUCGGCUGCGAUGUCCGCGGCGAGCAGCAAGGUUGUUGCGGACGACGACGGCAUGAUUUGUGACGACGGGACGAUUGGCGGGCACUUUGGUCAUGCUGGCAUGUAUGGAGAGUACCGUGAUGGUUGGUCAUGA